CAGAAAUCUUCUGUGCUUUGGCCUAUCAAUGGAGGAAAGAACGUCAUCUGUUUCAUACAUUUAGCCAGCUGCCAAAUCAGUUCAGUUCUUCCAUAAACUAGUAUUUUUGUUUUUAUUUCCCAACACAUUGUUUUCAUAGCGCUGUCUCUUUUGUGUGCCAAAUAUGCAUAAAAAAGACCACGGUCAGUGCCAAGAAAUGUUGAAAGGGGAUUUCGUGUAAAGCGCUAGCCUAGCUAUCUUGGUUAGCUAGCUAAAAUUCUGGUCAGCUAGCUAGUUCAAGAAAAAUAAUUAAAACCAAAAAUUGAUAGCCAAGUAAAGAAAUAUUCCAUUGCAACCAGAAGAGGGGCUAUUCUCCGAAAACGUGGUGGCCUAAGCCAUGGGGGCAUUCCUGGACAAGCCCAAGACGGAGAAGCACAAUGCCCACGGUGAGGGCAACGGCCUCCGUUAUGGCCUGAGCAGCAUGCAGGGCUGGCGGGUGGAGAUGGAGGACGCCCACACCGCCACGGUGGGUUUACCCCAGGGCCUGCAUGACUGGUCCUUCUUCGCUGUCUACGACGGCCACGCCGGCUCCCGCGUGGCUAACUACGCCUCUAAACACCUGCUGGGGCACAUCAUUGCCCACAGCAUGGGUCCCCCGGGCCCCGAGGGUGUCACUCCAGCCCCCACCAUGGAUGCGGUCAAGACUGGGAUCCGCACCGGCUUCCUGAAGAUCGACGAGCACAUGAGGAACUUCUCAGACCUGCGGAACGGCAUGGACCGCAGCGGUUCGACGGCCGUUGCCGUGCUGCUCUCGCCAGAGCACCUCUACUUCAUCAACUGUGGUGACUCACGGGCCGUGCUCUACCGCAACGCGCACGUCUGCUUCUCCACGCUGGACCACAAGCCCUGCAACCCACGGGAGAAGGAGAGGAUCCAGAACGCAGGCGGCUCAGUAAUGAUCCAGAGGGUGAAUGGUUCCCUGGCCGUUUCCCGGGCUCUGGGAGACUACGACUACAAGUGUGUGGAUGGGAAGGGUGCCACAGAGCAGUUGGUGUCCCCAGAGCCCGAGGUGUUUGAGAUGGAGAGGUCCCCGGGGGAUGAGUUUGUGGUGCUGGCCUGCGACGGUAUCUGGGACGUGAUGAGCAACGAGGAGCUGUGCGAGUUUGUCAAGUCCCGUCUGGAGGUGUCCCACGACCUGGAGAAGGUCUGCAACCAGGUGCUGGACACCUGCCUCCACAAGGGAAGUCGGGAUAACAUGAGUGUUGUGUUGGUGUGUUUGCCAAACUGCCCUAAAGUGUCAGAGGAGGCGGUGAAGAAAGAUACAGAGCUGGAUAAGUUCCUGGGGUCUCGUGUGGAAGAGAUCAUAGAGAAGGCAGGAGAGGAGGGUAUUCCAGACCUGGUGACGGUCAUGAGAAACCUGUCCUCAGAGAGCAUCCCCAACCUGCCACCAGGGGGAGGCCUCGCCAGCAAACGCAGUGUUAUUGAAGUAGUGUACAACCGGCUGAACCCACACAGGGAAGUGGAUGGGCCCUCCUGUAUCAUUUGACUGGAGCAGACCUUGAGGACCCCUGGUAACUGCCCAGCAGAACUGCCUGUUCCUACACCAGGACUCCUUUAUACACAAGACAUCUUUACUCACUUUUUUCCUUUUUAUUUUUCCUACGAUACCAAGAGAUCGAUUGGACCAUAAAUGCAGAUUUUUUAAAAAAACUGUUAAAACACACAACACAAAGGAUUGCAAACCAUUUUUGAUUAAAAAAGGGGGUUCAAAAUUCAAAAGGCACUCUCGCAUCUGAGCUAUCUUUGCUGCAGGUGCAUGCUAACAAUUGAAUAACAUGAGAAAAAAUAAGAAACCCGCACACGUCAGAGCUUUGACGAAGGCCAUAAAGGCCGAUACGUAAAGCUUAAUAAAGAGCAGCGAUACUAGCAAGAGCAGUGUGGGGGUUUCUUUUUUUUUCUCAUGUUAGAACAGGGGGGAAAGAAGGACUGCGAAGGUAGUAUAAAACAUGUACACAAAAUAUAAAUACUAGAGAAAUUAAGACUUCUGUUGUUUUUUCCUUUUUAUUGCUUUUUUGUGGUUGUUUUUCUUUUUGUGCUGAUGAAGAGACACUAGGGCCGUAGUUGGGACAUUUUGUGGCCCAUCCCUGUACACUCUGUGGUGCCUUUUUCCCUAUCGCUGAGGAUGAAGGAGCUAGCAGCCAGACGUUAACUGACCAGGCCCUAAGGCCCUGCUUCCAGACACAAGGGGCCCAACAGAGGACCACCACUGGGUCAGGGACUCACUGGCAUGUGUCUUCCUGGCUGGACAUUGCUACUGGGACUUCAGAUAGACAAACCAAAUGUGUGGACAGGACAGGAGUGACUGGCUGCAUUGUACGGCAUUACUUGUGUGGAAGGGUUUGGAGACUGACCACUUUUUGCACCUUUUUCCCUCACCUUUUCUCUCCAACCAACAAAAAAACUAUGGGUAACCAGCUAAUGUUUGCAUUGACAGACACUGCCUCAACUUGCAAGCAUUUCACUUCCAUAAGCUUUCUAGCCUGCUGUUGAUCAAGAAAAAUUUUAAAUAUAUAUAAAAUCCAUAUAUUUUUGAUUUACGUAACAAAAAAACAGAAAAUGGUGUCAGAUGUGGCUUACAGUGUGUGUGUAAAGAUGAGGAAGUUGCUGGUCUGUUGACUUUAGGAGUGAAACAGAGCUCUUGUUUGACACAUGAGAUGUCUGUUAUGAUGUGAUAUCUACACGUGUGUGUACAAACCAGCCACCCAAGGACUCUGGGUUUUUGGGCUAAAGGGAUUCUAACUGCCCACCAAAGCCUCACUACUCAUUUCUCCUUGCACUUCUCUCUCUUUCAUAUUAGUUUAUCCUAUUUUCUGUCUUUCUUUCCUCACCCUCUCCUUAAAAUGCAGAAACGGACUCUUGUUACAACUUGCCUUUUAUUUAAUUUUACUCCGACAAUAUUGUAAAGUGUCAUUUUUUUCAUUAAGCAAAUUGACAUUUCUAGGCAAUGAUGACGAGUUCACCUUUAAUUUCUUUUUCAAAUGCAGUGUUAAUAGUGUAAUAUGGUUGUUCCAUUGCAUUCUCUAAAUUUCAAUAGAAAUUGGUUGUAUGAAAAAACUAAACAGAUUAAAUGUGUUAAAAGGAGAAGUCAAGCACGAUUUAGUGUGCCAGAGAGGGGUGAGGUCGAUCUGGGCCCAGGUUUCUGGCUUGGCUAUGAUCUGGUACACAAGCCUUGGGUGCCGUAUGACUAAGGUACUUGAAUGUUGGGUGGUUCUAUUUUUGCAAUAACAUAGAUUUUCAUGAGAUAUUUUUUUUUGGGGGGGGGGUUUAAUUAUUUUUUAGCUGUGCUUGUAUUGUGUUGGAGGAAUGCGUGGGGUGGGAUGGUGGUCAGACGGGCGGGGCGGGGGUGAUGGUUCCAGUUAAUGGGUAUGUUUAAGCUAUAGCAGACACUGGGUUAAGAAGGUGUGGGGCUGCUUUGAAUGUAAUUCACCUUCAAACUAGACUACACUGCACAGGCUGAGCGGAGGCCAUAGACGCUUUCCUCCCCCUGGUCAUUUGAUGACCGAACUUACCCUGGCAUUCAGUUUUCAUUGUGUUUCAUUGGAAUAUAUAGGCUAUAGAGUUAUAUUAAUAAGAUCUUUAUUCUCCCUCAACUUCCUCCCUAACUGUAGCAAUUUGCUGGGCCCCGCCCCCUAUUACUAACUGUAAUGAUUGAAAAAUGAGAAUGUUUGUGAUGUUUUGGGGGCUGGAAAUGAACUUGGUGAUUUAGUGCCCAUGUCAUUCAUCCUGAUUUUCCUUUUAACUUUUUUUUGUGUAUCUACAAGUAUUGAUAUAAAGAAUGGUGAUGAUUUCCACAUUUUAUUUAUUCCUGAUUUUAGCCUUUUAAAUGAGAGGUGCUGUAUUUGAAAAUGGUAUGAGGUUAUGAUAUGUGUAGACGUGGCAGGGUGUACCCCGCCCACUCUGCAGGGUCACCUUAGUGAUGAGGGUAGCGAGGGGUUCAGGGGUCGAUCGUGGGUUUUCACCAUACCUCCUUGUACUGAUAGUUCCCAGUAUAACAUUGUGAUGUUUCAGACCAUACCGUGAGCAUAAUCUUCAAUAAAGGAUGGGUACAUUUAGAUUAAAUUA